UUUGACCUCAGUAGAGAUUUGAACCAAUCUUUCAGUUUAAGCUCAGCAGUUGAGUGCAGGAAGCUCAGACAUGGCUGCCACUGUGACUGUGACCGCCGUCUCUCUGUUCCUCUUCGCCUCCAUCCAAGGGUUUGCAGCUGAUCCAGUUCUGCUGACAACAGCACUGGCAGGCGAGAACGUCUCUCUGCACUGCACCCUAGACAACCAGAGCCUUAACAUCACCCAGAUUGAGUGGAGUAGAAAAGAAGAAUUUAUAGACCACAAGAUAAUAAUUUAUCACCCCAAUUUCGGAGUUUAUCGGUUUUGGGCCAAUGUGACGGUGGAGGCAGUAGAGGAUCAGGGGGGGAGGCUGAGGGGAGCACAUCUGCACCUGUCAGGGGUCCAGAUAUGGGACACCGGACUCUACAACUGUGACCUCAGCACGUACCCAAAAGGCUCCAUGAGGUUGUCUAACAAGCUGGAAAUCAGAGGACCAACCCUGGAGACCCCUCUCUCAAACAGUACAACAGACGAACACCGGAGCCAAAAUGGGAGCCUGACAGAAUCAAGCCCCACCACCAGCCUUCCCAGUCACACAAAGACCAGAAGUUACACUGACACCAAUACCAAUGUGAGCAUGACCUCUGGUCUCUACACCAACCUCACAAAGCCCACAACCAAACUGUCUGACGUCACCACUGCAGCAAUGAACCACAGCCUCUCUCUGGAUGACAUUACUUCCUCUUCUGAAGAACCAGACAUGCCCACCACCACGCUCCCGGUCACCCAAACAGUCCUGGACCAGUCAGUCAACUCCUCUGAUCAGUCAAUCAAGACUGGCGAGGCAACGCAGGGGUCAACGUUCAGCUACCCCACCCACCGUCAGACCACCCACCGUCAGACCACAGCGCCGCCUCCGGUCCAAUCAGAGUCCACCUAUCCAUCCACAAACCAAUCAGACACCUCUCCGUGGAAUAUGAGUGUGUGGAGCACAGUGGGUUAUACAGGGCAGAGCAGUGACCCUAACACCACAAGUGUCGUCAUAGAGGAUGCGUUGGAUGGUCCUCAAAGGUAUGCAGUGUUGGUCAUCCUGCCUAUCAUCGCCCUCGUCAUCCUGCUUGGAAUUCUCUACAGAAGAUACCAAGUCCAGAAAAUGAUGGACCUUCCUCCUCCUUUCAAGCCCCCUCCUCCUCCCAUGAAGUAUUCAUCUGUGAGGAGUGAGAUCCCAAUGACUGACAUCCUCACCUGAAGAUGGAGCUAAUGACUGUGGCACUACGGAUCGUUCUCUUAAUUUGUAUCUCUCUCUUUCUCUCUCUCUCUCUCUCUCUCUCUCUCUCUCUCUCUCUCUCUCUCUCUCUCUCUCUCUCUCUCUCUCUCUCUCUCUCUCUCUCUCUCUCACCUGUAUUCCAUUUCUCAUGUCCCACCUUUAAAGAAUAUUGAACAUUCAUUAAUUUCAUGUUUUUUUACAUGGUACCCAUUGACGUAUGUUUUAUCAUGUAUAUUGCUUUGCACCAAUUUAUAUCAAUGUUAAAUACAAGGGUUUAACUUUUACUUCAUUAAUUUGCAUUCAAACAUAAACUAACAAGUAACAAAUUACUUGUAUUAAAUUAAACAAAUC